CUAGCAACAUUGUUACAGUACUAUUAACUUUCCCUGCUUAGAACGGAUCCAUUCACACGGAUUCACAUUCCAGCUCAUUCAAUAUAUAUGCACACGCUCACACGGAGAGAAAGACCACCAUCACAACAGACAACCGAAUCCCGCAUCCCUCCAAGAUGCUCAUCAUCGGCCUAACCGGCUCCAUUGCCACAGGCAAAUCCACCGUCUCGGCCCUGCUCUCCCAGCCGCCCUAUUCUCUCCCCAUCAUCGACGCCGACCUGCUCGCCCGCCAAGUCGUCGAGCCCGGCACGCCCGCCUACCGGGCCAUCGUCGCCCACUUCGGGCCCUCCACCCCGGACCUGCUCGUUCCCGCCGACAGCGAGAACGGCAUGCCCGAGCGCGGGCCGCACGGCAAGGGCCGCCCGCUGAACCGCCCCGCGCUGGGCCGGCGCGUGUUCGGCGACGACGCGCAGCGCCGCGCCGACCGCGCCGUGCUCAACGCCAUCGUGCACCCGGCCGUGCGCCGCGCCAUGCUCCGCGCUGUGCUGCGCGCCUACUUCCGCGGCGAGAGGGCCGUCGUGCUGGACGUGCCGCUGCUGUUCGAGAGCCGGCUGGACCGGUUCUGCGGCACCGUCGUGGUCGUCGCCGUCCACGACCCGGCUGUGCAGAUGGAGCGGCUGCGGAAGAGGGAUCCGCAUCUGAGCGCCGAGGAUGCGGAGAACCGCGUGCGGAGCCAGGGGGAUGUGAGGGACAAGGCUAGGAGGUGCGAGGCGAGAGGGCCGGGCAGGGGCGUGGUGGUGUGGAAUGACCAAGGGAAGGAGGAGCUGGAGGUGGAGGUGCGCAGGGUGAUGGAUGAGAUUGACAGGUCUAGUCCGCGCUGGUGGAGCUGGCUGCUCUGGGCGUGCCCGCCGGCUGCGGCUGUGCUAGCGGCUUGGGGGUUCUGGAGGAAUACGCGGCUUAACCGGGCUUGGGAGGACCAAGAGCGGAGGGAGAGGGCCAGGUUGUGA